CGCAACUUGUCGUCCUGCCAUCAGAAUCCACUGAACUCCUCCGACACAACUGAAACAGCUCUCUUAGAACCCUAAAACUCUCUCUAUCUCUCCCCCUCUGUGAACCAGUUUUUGAUCUUGUUGCUUUGCUAUUGGGAAGAUUUCCUGCCAAACAACGUUUGAGAGGAAUAUAAAAGGAUUUUGGAUUGGAGCACUGGGAAGCUUGUUGCUGUUUCUUGAGUUCUGUAUCAUAAAUGGCAGAGGUGGUUGGUCCGAGAUUGUAUAGUUGUUGUAAUUGUAGAAAUCAUGUUGCUCUUCAUGAUGAUAUCAUUUCAAAGGCUUUUCAGGGAAGACAUGGUCGAGCAUUUCUUUUCUCGCAUGCGAUGAACAUUAUGGAGGGGCCAAAGGAGGACAGAAAUUUAUUGACUGGUCUCCACACGGUUGCUGAUAUCUAUUGCUGCGAUUGCGGAGAGGUGCUUGGGUGGAAAUAUGAAAGAGCAUAUGAGGAAACCCAGAAGUACAAGGAAGGAAAGUUCAUUCUCGAAAAGUUAAAAAUUGUCAAGGAAAACUGGUAGCAAUCAAGCAUGUCUCUUAUCUUCUUUUGUCCUAAAGUUGCUGUAAGUGUAGAGAUGAUACACAUGUCCAUUGCGUCUCGGCGGUCUCCAUCAAUUGAAAUCUGCUCGUGUUGUUCCUUGCUGUGUAUUCAUUGUUAUUUAUUGUGUGGAAUAUCGAAUGGGAGUUUAUUGAUUUUGUUAAUAAAUUGUGAAUAAUUCUUGGU